UUUCGCCGAUUCCACUUUAUUCCUUCCUUCGUAUUUCGUUCGUUGUGCUUCGAAGAAGACAAAAGAAAGCAUCAUUUUUCCUCGCAAGGUCGAGCUGCUGAAUAAAGUUACGCUAGUACAGUUCAUAAACACCCUGGUGAAGCGAUGGCAACUGCUGCGGACAAUUGGAUAAAAAAGGCUGAUGAUCAGGAAAUUUCAGCUCUCGUUAGCGAUUUGAGUAUUGCGAAAGAAAAGGAAUCAGAUUCGACAGCAGAGCCAGCUGUGAAUGAAAAUACGGAAAAGGCUACCGAACCACCGGCAGCAGAACAACCAACACGGAUAACACCUGGAGAACAAACCGCCUCGCCAGUAUUGACUGUACCAGCAACAACAGAGUUACCAAGCUCGAAACCAACCGACGAAAAACCUGCUAAUGAAAAUGGUGAAAUCGCCACAUCCGCGGAAGAUGCCGAAGCGUUCAAUCCCGCAGACGCAAGUUUGCUGAUGAAAAUUAUUCGCAAAGGCCUGGUAGAAUCUAAGCUGGAUCUGGAGGUACAACGAAAAGAUCCUUCCUCGCCACUGUAUUCUGUCAAAACUUUCGAAGCACUACAUCUGAAGCCAGAUUUACUGCAGGGCGUCUAUGCGAUGGGUUUCAAUGCUCCUUCCAAGAUUCAGGAAACGGCGUUGCCUACUUUGUUGGCCGAUCCUCCCCAGAACAUGAUUGCUCAGAGUCAAUCCGGGACAGGAAAAACGGCUGCCUUUGUGCUCGCUAUGCUGAGUCGGGUUGACCCGUUGAAAAACUACCCGCAGGUCAUAUGCCUGUCGCCAACGUAUGAACUAGCGAUUCAGACGGGGGAAGUGGCAGCGAAGAUGGCCAAGUUUUGUCCGGAGAUUAAGCUUCGCUAUGCAGUGCGGGGAGAGGAGAUUGCCAAGGGGGCAAAGUUGACCGAUCACAUAAUUAUCGGCACACCGGGCAAACUAAUGGACUGGGGCAUCAAGUUCCGGGCGUUCGAACUGAAGAAGAUUGCUGUUUUUGUGCUGGACGAGGCCGACGUCAUGAUUGCCACCCAGGGUCACCAGGAUCAGUGCAUCCGGAUACACAAGCAACUGUCGUCGUCCUGUCAGAUGAUGUUUUUCUCGGCCACAUACGAACGGGAGGUGAUGGAAUUUGCUGAGUACAUUGUGCCGAACCCGAUUGUGAUCCGGUUGGCGCGAGAGCAGGAAUCACUCGACAACAUCAAACAGUACUACGUCAAGUGUCGUAACCAGGACGAGAAAUAUCAGGCCAUUUCGAACAUUUACGGUGUGAUUACCGUCGGACAAGCGAUCAUCUUCUGUCAUACUCGCAAAACGGCCAGUUGGCUGUCUGCCAAAAUGUCCCAGGACGGGCACUCGGUAGCCGUACUGUCGGGUGACCUAACGGUAGAGCAACGGUUGGCCGUGUUGGAUCGAUUCCGGGCCGGACUGGAAAAAGUUCUAAUUACAACCAACGUUUUAUCUAGGGGUAUCGACGUCGAACAGGUGACCAUCGUUGUCAACUUUGACCUACCGAUGGAUCAGCAAGGACGAGCCGAUUGUGAAACGUAUCUGCAUCGAAUUGGACGCACCGGUAGAUUCGGUAAGAACGGAAUCGCCAUCAAUCUGGUGGACAGCGAACGCAGCAUGAUGCUUUGCCGAGCGAUCGAGAAGCACUUCCAGAAAAAGAUUCAACUGCUAGAUGCAGAGAAUUCCGACGAGAUCGAAAAGAUUGGAUCGUAAGAUGUUUCGGUUUGGUUUGAGGGUAGAAAAAAAAACAAGCUGAAGACGAUUCUGUUCAUAUUUGUUGAACUCCGAAUUUAAAUUUUAACUUUUCGCUCUACUUAAUUCCAUUAAGUUGAUGAGCGUAGUUUCCUCCUUUCGAAAUGAGCAUUUGUUAGUGUAGGUUCCAAGGGCACGCCGGAACGGGAACGUUGUUAGACGGAUGUUUUGAUUAUUAUUACCUAGCAGGAUAAGAAGACUUUGAACACACACGAUUCGAUUUAGUUUCAUUUUUUUAGUCGUUGAACGGCCGGUAAUGUUUCGAAAAAUGCCCAAAAGUUUAGAGAGAGAAAACUCCAGAACUGGUUUUCUACGUCAUACCAUUGUAAAUCAAUAUUCCAAGACAGCGAGAGAUCAGCUAUAAAACACAUAAAAUAUUAUCUAAUUUAUGCUUCUAA